AUGAUACCUACAAGGUAUACAAUAGGUAUAUCAUUAUUCAUUGUACUCAUUGCAAUCAUAUUCACUUAUAACAACAACUCAUACAACUUCAACUCAAUCUAUUCGUUCAACAACAUAACAACAACAACUCAGACAACAUCUACAACAGAUAAUAAUAAGAUGAGAUCUAUUAGGAACUUGGCAACAGAGUUGAUGAAGGAGGAUGGUGCAGCACAUGGUUAUACACCAGCAAGAUUCGCCAAACUUAAGAGGGAGUAUGCUAGGUAUUAUGCUUUGAAGGCACCUGAUAAUGCAUUCCAGUUUACAGCUGGCGAUUGGAAUCAGUUGUACGUCCCAACAUCGUUUGACAGAUCAACCUGCGAGUUUGUACUCAAUACUCCGCGUUGGAACGCCGUCACCUCGGCAAUGAACUGGUUGAUGAUGUUCUGGUAUACAAAGACAGACAGCAUGGGAUACAUUGGCAUGGGCAACAUGUUCAUUCUUUCAACCGAUCAAUAUCGCUCACUCUUCCGAAUGCCAACAAUUACAAACAGUCAUACUACAAUGACAACAACUUCAUCAUCAUCAUCAUCAUCGACAAUCGAGGAUGAUGUGGCACAGCUGCCAACAGCAUCACCUUCUUCAUUGGUGAGACUGGGCAGUCUGUUGGAUGUUGGCUCAGGAUGUGGAAGUACGACUGAGCAGCUGGCGCCUAUCUUCCGCGAGGUCGUCACGACAGAGGCAUCAAACGGCAUGUUAUACAGUCUGAGAAAGAAGGGCUUCGAAGCUGUUUAUUGUACAGACUUGUCAACAUGCACGGAGCUGGCCGACCGACGCCACACAUUUGACGUCGUCUCCUGUCUCAAUGUUCUGGACAGAUGUGAGCGACCCUUAACACUACUGCGAUCACUCAAAGACUUUGUCAAACCAGGUGGUCGCAUACUUAUCGCCGUAGUAUUCCCAUUCAAGCCAUAUGUAGAGUUUGGUGGCGAAGACAACAAACCAUUCGAGAAAUUAGAUGUAAACAACAAGUCUUGCGAAGAAUAUAUCGAUUCAUUCAUCACAAAGGUGUUCAAUCCACUCGGAUUCCAUGUCGAAUCAUUUACAAGAGCGCCCUACAUCUCCGAAGGCGACAAAUACUACGACAACUAUGUUCUCACUGACACAUUGUUUGUGUUGUCAAUCGCCAACGAGGGCGAAACAAUGACGACA